GUCAAUAUAUUGACACAUACAGCUGAAGUAAAAAGACCACCACAGCAAAGAAAAGCCAUAAUCAAAUUACAGAAAAAGCAUGAAGCUGAAGAUAUGUGUGCACUCUAUGACAGGAAGAAUGAAGGAUUGACUUCUUGUAGGAAAAAGCCAAAACGGCGCUGCCUGGAUACGAACAAGGGUUCUAAAAGCCCUAGAAAAGAAGACACUAUCGUGGGAGACUAUACUGUACUUAAAAGCCAGGUAUCAGAGGAAGAGAAUAUGAAUGAACAGCGGAAUGGUUCUGGAGAUUUGGGACCCUCAAGAGCAUAUACUGCAGCUUGCGCUCUAAAACGUGCAGCUUCUCCCAAACUUGAAAAAGAAGACUCUGAACGGACGCAUGGUGAAGUUAAGAAUGCUGUCCAAAAAAGCUCGUUAUCACAUGAUGGACAUCAUGAAGGAAUUUCAUCCCCUGACCAUAUUCUGUCUGGAACAUCCACAAAAGACAGUCAUGAAAAAGAAAAAACUUAUGCCUGGGUAAAUCAGGUCAAUUCAACAAAUUUUACAGAACAAUCUGAAUCAAAAGGCACGUGCAUGUGUGCUGAGGAGUCUCCUAAUGGAAUCAUUCCCAACGUUGAGCAUGAUUGUGACAGUUCCUGUGCUGAGGGGACUAACACGGGUCGUGACUCCAUGCUGCACAAGUCUUGUGAACAAGGGGCAUGUUCUGAAAUCAAGAAUCACAAAAUUGAGUCACUUAGAAAUGAUACGAGAACAGCAAAAGCUUUCCUUGAAAAUGAUGAUGCGUUAGAGACCCAAUACGGGAGUGCUGUAUGGGACAUAUUUCGCAGGCAAGAUGUGCCGGUGCUGAUGGAGUACCUGAAAAAACACUACAGAGAAUUCCGCCACAUAAAUAAUCUUCCUGUGAAUUCUAUAAUACAUCCAAUUCAUGACCAGACUCUUUAUCUAAACGAAAGACAUAAAAAGCAGCUAAAGGAAGAAUUUGGCAUUGAACCAUGGACAUUUGAGCAACACCUUGGCGAGGCUGUUUUCAUACCUGCAGGGUGCCCGCAUCAAGUGAGGAAUAGACAGUCUUGCAUAAAAGUGGCUCUAGACUUUGUUUCACCUGAAAAUGUUCAAGAGUGUGUUCGAUUGACGGAGGAAUUUCGGCUGCUUCCGAAGAAACAUAGAUCGAAGGAAGAUAUACUGGAGAUAAAGAAGAUGGCACUGUAUGCUGCCAACGCUGCUAUAACUGAAGCCAUGAGAUUAAUGCGGAGGAUAUGAGUGAGUCUAAUUGUCAUCAUCAUACAAAACGUGGGAAACACUACAGGAAACCUGUAUUGUGCAGUGGUGGUUUUCCCCCUUUUGGUUUUGGAUAUGCAAGUUGUAUGAUACAAAGUAGGCCCCCUUUUUUUGUAUUUUACCAAUUCUCAACUUCAAUUUAUUGGCCUGGGAUCCUGGAGUGUAAAUGUGACAUGCAUGGAAUUGCGCUUUGUGCUUCUGAAAUAGGUUGCACUAGCAAGCUGAGUUGAUUUCAAGUUUGAUCCCUCCUCCGUGAAAAGAGGGUUAUUGGUGGUAGUGUAAGAAAAAGAACAAGAAUAAAAAUGAAAAGCCAAAUAUAAAUUUGAGAAA